AUGUUCAUUAUAGCAAAUUCAAACCUAUCAAAGAACGAUUUGGAAGACAUUUGGCAAAACCUUGGUCUUUCAACUGAAGACAAGGUUGUGCCAAACCCGGUUCCAUUAAAUUCGACAAAUGACAUAUUAGUUAAAGGAGAUUAUGCUGAUGACAACGAAGAUACUCAUAUGACUAGAGAAGAAAAUUAUGUAAACGAUCUAAAAAUUGGCAAAGAAGGUACCCCGAUCCAAAUGUUAAGGGAAUGUGCCUUAAGAACCAGAUAUAAUGACGUAGCAGAACUCUUAGCGGCUCAGCAAAGCACCACGGAACCAAAUCCUAUACAAGAAACAAAUGACCAAAAGACUAA